UUUGCAUGCCAGUGCCUGUGGGUUUUAAGGAAAUCCAUGUAUUAAGUUUAUUUUAACUUGUUAAAAGUUACUAAUCAUUACAGUCAGCGUUCCUUGAAUAUCUGUGUGUAAUGGAGUUUGGGCCGACAACUGAAUUGAGCGAGUGCACUCUGAGCAUAUCAGCACUAACAUUUAAUACACAACUUGUGUUUAACAAUUAUCUAGUAUUUUAAACUGACUUGCAGCACGUUUUGUUUGGAAUUUAUAAGGUUCGUUCCGCCGUCCCAUUGUGUUACGGGUGUAGCUAUCUGUCCACACUGGUCGCAGUGGCGACAGCUGUAGUUUCAAACAUCCUGAGUACAGUUACACAACUUCAAAAGCAGCAACCAAUUUGUAAUAAACAAGGCUCCACAGCCAGGAUAGAAUAACAGUAAUUUCAGUGGACACAAAGCCAUGCCUCGCACAAGUAAACUAAUUUGGGAUUUAAGGGAUCGCUCACUCGGCUUGGAUGAAAGAACUAAUUUUGUGCGAGCUGGUUACACAGGCACACGAGAAUUUGUCCAAAGGCUAAAACUUGAAUCUUCUUUAACUGUCCAUGGUGGCUGUGUAAAUACAAUCUGCUGGAAUGAUACAGGUGAAUACCUCCUAUCAGGAUCAGAUGACACCAAUCUUGUCAUCACAAACCCCUAUACUAGGAAGGUGCUAGUUGCUGCUCCCUCGCAGCAUCGAUCGAACAUCUACAGUGCCAAAUUCAUGCCAGAGUCCUGUGACCACUGGAUUGUGUCCUCAGCCGGAGAUGGAAAUAUCCACUAUACCAACAUCAGCCGGAGCCCUGACAUCACUCGGUACAAAUUUACCUGUCACCACGGAACUGUAUACAAGAUUCUAACAGUGCCAAAUGACCCAUAUACGUUUCUCUCAUGUGGAGAGGAUGGAACUGUCCGAUGGUUUGAUGUCAGGUUGAAAAGGGAAUGCAGCAAAAGCAGAUGCAAAGAGGAUAUUCUGAUAAACUGCCGUAGGGCGGUCAGCUCUAUGGCCAUCUCCCCUGCUGAGCCCUAUUGCCUUGCUCUGGGCUGCUCUGAUAGCUCAGUACGCAUCUAUGACAGAAGGAUGCUGGGCACCAUCACUACAGGGAGCUUCUCCAGUGGUGGAGCUACAGGUAUCUGCCUACGCUUUGUGCCUCCUCAUCUGAUUGGCAGGUCAUGCCGUGUGACCUCACUGAGCUACAGCACUGAUGGGAAAGAGGUGCUUGCCAGCUACUCGUCAGAUUACAUCUACCUUUUCGACCCCAAGAAUGACCAGGCUUCUAAAUUAAAAGAACUGGCUGAGUCCAAGAGAAAGGAGCAGCAUCAACCAUUUGUGAAGCGAUUGAGACUGAGAGGUGAUUGGUCAGACACUGGACCUAGGGCCCGCCCUGAAAGUGAGAGGGAACGAGAUGGAGAGUCCAAUUCAAAUGUGUCACUGAUGCAGAGGAUGUCAAGCAUGUUAUCUCGUUGGUUUGAAGAAGCCAGCCAGGCUCAGAGCAGCAGGGCCCGCUCACGCACAAGUGGGGCAGUUGCUCAGUCAGCUGGUAGCAGCAUGGUUUUUGCUGCAGCUCAGGCAGUGUCCAGUGCUGAGGGUCGUGCCCAGGGCCAGGCUACCCGAGACCCCAUAUCUUUCCAUACCUCUGGUGCAAUCGUAGGCUCCUCCUCCUUAUCAAGCCCCACCUUAUCUCGUACUGCUCAGUAUUAUGAAAUGGAAUGGCACAGUAGAGGCAGUGUAGAGGCUGAGAGGCAGUCCCGCACAGAGCUGAAUGGAAGUGCAGCCAUACUAGCGACAGGCUCUGAUGACAGCAGUGAUGAGACCGUGCAAGCCCCCUCCACUCAUACCCUCAGAGGUUCGACUGAAAGAUUUACCUUAAGGGGAUCAGCUAUAGGAGAACGGGUUCUCAGGCGAACAGCAGCUGCCAGGAUUCAGGAGAUUUUUCGCAGGAGGAAGGAGCGAAAAGAGAUGGAGGAGACUGAGGCUCUGAGUAUCAAGAGACCUAUUGCAAAAUUGUCCUUCAAGGGCCACCGUAACUCCCGAACAAUGAUUAAAGAGGCGUGUUUCUGGGGCAACAACUUUGUGCUGAGUGGUUCAGACUGUGGCCACAUCUUCAUAUGGGACCGCCACACUGGAGAGCAUGUGAUGCUUCUGGAGGCUGAUAAUCAUGUUGUCAACUGUCUACAACCGCACCCAUAUGAACCAUUGCUGGCAUCAUCUGGAAUUGAUUAUGAUAUAAAAAUAUGGUCACCUAUGGAGGAAUUUCCAUCAUUUGACAGAGUGCUGACUGAAGAAAUAGUUGUGCGUAAUGAGCUCAUGUUGGAAGAAAAUAGAACCACUAUAACUGUUCCAGCAUCAUUCAUGCUCAGAAUGCUAGCCUCCCUCAGCCACAUAAGGGCAGAUCGAUUUGAAGGAGAUCCAUCAGAAGGCUCAGGACAAGAGAAUGAGGACUAAUGCAUCAAUUAAGGCUAAUGUUGGGCAGUUAGUCCCAUAAAAAUGUGUGUUAUCUGUAGCUACUUAUUUCAAUAUUUUUUUGCCAAGGGUUUAAUUUGCUAACUUGCUUAGAGCUAAAAUCUAUAUGCACAUUUACUAAUUCACAAUAACCAGACAAAAAUUAUGAAGUGGAACAAACAUGAAAUCUUGAUUUUACUGAUUUCUAAUACUAAAAUAGUUGGGGGGGAAAAUGUCCUGGACAUUCUGUUACUUCUUAGUUUCUUGUUAUAGCCUGCUUCCCCUCUUUGCCUUCAUGUGUUUUUGGUUUGUUAUUCUUAGCCUUCGUUUUUUCCUAGCUCCUGUGUAUACUAUCCUAGCCCUUGUUUUGUGUAUCAUGUAUCCGUGUUGGCUCUAUGACCCUGGACUACUCCGCCGACGAGUCUGGAUUUGCAACUAAUAAAUCUCGCUCUUCUCCGCA